AUGGACAUCUUUCGGCGGAUUACGGCACUGGAGCGUGAUGAGCAUUACUGUAUUCCUCCACAGAAUGCUCCCGGAGAGUACGCUGCGCUGGUAAGAGAGAACUUGGACCAGGCGGCCACUGUAGAAGAACUACGUCGAGUUUUGGACUCAGAGUACUGGCAAGUCCUGGUUGUAGAAAAGGCAAGUCUCCAAGAGAAGUUAUUCUCUCUCAUGAUUACAGAACGAAAUCUGGAGAAAAUAAUGGAACUCUCGCCUUACCAGCAUAUCCGGGAAGAGGCUCACGGGUUUUUAACAGAGAACCUGGAAGCCUGGGAGUACGAAGGCCCCGCAUUGGAACACUACAAUAAGAUUGAUGAAGUAGUGCAAACAGUAGCGCGAGAGGAAAGAGCGUCCGAACUGUAUAAGCAGUUUUUUGAGCAUUUUAGUGAUGCUAAAUUCCGACGCUCUUUCGGAUUGCCACUCCCGGAUAGGGAUAGGAAGGCUAAUCCUUUGCUGGCUGGGAGCUGUAUGAGCGGUAACUUCCACGUACGGCUCCGUGAGAAGGGCGAUGGGCAGAAAUGGCCUUGUUGUACCUCACUCUCGUCUUCAAUGGGGUCUGCUCUAGUGUGUAAGCACAGCAAUGAACCGCAGCGAACCCUCAGACGACCAAUCUAA